AUGAGUCAGGUGUAUAAUGAGUGCAUGUAUGUCUUCAGGCCAGCGUUCUACCUGUUCGUGGGGCUGCAGGGCUUGGCGGGGCUGGUGGCGCUCUCUGUAGACCUCAAGUUCAAGACGCCGUGUGAACAGAUCAUCAAGAACAUCUGGAUGCUGAUGCACAACCCCGAGGUGCUCAUGCUGUUUGUGGCCAUGAUGCUCGCUGGGGCGUUCUUCGGGUUCCUGGAGGCCUUCCUGUUCUGGUUCCUGGGUGACCUGGGAGCCUCUCGAUCACUCAUGGGUCUGACGGUGACGAUGGGAGCCGCCUCAGCCAUCCCGUUCCUCAUCUUCAUGUCCCCCAUCGUCAAUAAGUUCGGUCACAUCGGUGUCAUCGCUUCAGGGUUCCUUAUGUAUGCCAUCAGGUUUGCAGGCUACGCGUCCAUCUAUGACCCGGUGAGCGCCCUGUACUUCGAGGCGCUGGAGGGAGUCACCAUAGGCCUGAUGCUGUCGGCGGGGAUGACCUACGCCAGCGAGCUCUGCACCACCAAGAACAUCGUCUCCCUGCAGGCCCUCUGUGGCACCCUCUACUACGGUGUGGGUAAAGGAAUGGGCAGCGUGGUGGGCGGCUACAUGUACUACCAUCUAGGGGCCCGUAAGACCUUCAGGAUGAUGACUGUGGCCAGCCUCCUCAGCGCCAUCAUCUUCAUCAUCUUCCACAUUUACAUCCAACACCGCAAUCGUCGCCGUGAACGUUAUCGUGCAGAGAAGGAGAACCUACUGGAGGACGACGACAUGGAGAUCAUCCAACUGGCGAUCUCCAAAGCCAAGAAGAAGAAAGGAGAGAAAGAAAGCAAGAAGAGGAAGACACGCAAGGAAGGCAAGAGAGGAAGUAUCCAAGUCGACACCAAAGAAAACGGAAUAUUCGAGCUCCGACGGGUGACUCUGAUAGAUGUGGAAACUCAAACUGAACCCGUCCAGUUCACUGCCGCCAUCGCUACCCCAGAGACUGACGACGAUAGCGAAAACGAUGAAGAAGCAGAAGAGAGGGACAUGGCGGAAUAAUAUACCUGUGAGACAAACAAACAUUCAGCAUGAUCAGCAAACUGUCUGACAUGUUUAUUAUUAUACGAGUAUAGAUAAACACACACACACACACACACACACACCAUUCCUUGUUAGCGAGUACUGAUUGGCUCCAGAAGUAAAUGUCUUUGUAAUUAUGAACCGUAAAUUAAGCUGGAACCAUAAUGUAUUCUAUAAUUAUGUCUAGCUUGUGUGUGUGUGUGUGGGGCAAAGAUAAAGAAAGACACAUACUUUUUUAUAUAAUUCAUGAUCUGUAAUAUUUUUUUCUGUUGUCAUUCAUCAUCUAACUGUUGGCCGCGUUACGGUGUGGCACUGAGGGGAACAAGGCCAUUAAUGAGAUAAACUUAACUAAAUGGCCACUUCAAAUACAGAUGGCCAAGCGGG